CGGAUAAGAAGCGGUCAGGACGCGGGUGGGGGAGGGGGAGGAGAGGACGCCCGGGCGCCACGAGACUAUGAAGGGGCUACAGGCUCUGCUCGGCCUGCACCGCACUUUCACCUCCCGGCUCCGCUUGCGGUUCAGCACCUGGAACUGGACCUGGCGGAGCUACUGCUGCGCCGCCUCCGCCGCGGUCCUAGCGCCGCUCGGCUUCGCGCUCCGCCAGCCCCCGGCUGUCGGCGUGAACAGCCUUGACCACAGGCAUCGGCGUGGGGAGCUCGCCCCGGUCGCCGCCCACCCGCGGCUGCGAUGGCACGAGGACGCUAGUUCCUUGAAGAAGCUGCCUGCGCACGUAGACCUGGUGAUCACCCAGGAGCAGGAGCCCAGCUUCUCCGACAUCGCAAGCCUCGCGGUGUGAUGUAUGGCAGUGGGCACCUCUUACAUUAGCGUCUACGACCACAAAGGAAUUUUCAAAAGAAAUAACUCCAGAUUGAUGGAUGAAAUUUUAAAACAACAGCAGG